GAAUCAGUUCAAAUUUCGUAAGACAGUAGCAGACAGUAGCGUAUUAUUAGACAGUUAUUUGGGGCUUUUAAAAAAAGAGUUAAAAUUUUUUAAAAAUAAAUAAGUUAAAUAUGGUAUUUUUGAAUUAAAAAAAUAUAUUUUUAUUGAUACAGAUAAUUGGAGAUAAUUGUCUAGUUUUUUUAACUUAAAAAUGUGAAAUUUUUAAUUAAUUAAAAACACUAUAAAAAUUAAUUAUAUGGCUUCUAGAAAUUUAUUUUUUUGUAAAAUUUAAAAUUUAGAGAAAAUAAUUUUUAUUAGAAACAAUUAGAAAUAAUAAUUGCACUAGUUAUUUUUUUAUUUUAAAAUUAAAUUUUUGGUUUUUUUUUUUUUCUAAAAUAAAAUAAUAUAAAUAAUGUUAAUUAUCUAUUUUUAAAUUAGAUACGUUUAGAUAUUUUGGAAAAAUAUAUUUUUUUGAGUGUGUAAACAGAGCUUAGUAAUUUAAUAAUUAUUUAGCUUAGUAAUUUAAUACUAUUAUUUAUAAAUAUAAAACAAUAUAAAAUUUAAAAAUUAUUAAAAUUUUUAUUGACUUUGCAUUUUUGUAAACAAUCUAAAGGUCUGUUUACACAAUUACGUUGUUGUUGCUUAAAAGUCAGCUGUUCGAAAUCGUUUCAUCCUGUAAACACGUGUUUACACACCCACACAACUGAUAAUGACAUAUUAUUUUGACCAUUGUUGACAAUCAACCAAAUAAAAAUGACAGUUUCAUUGUUAUUAUUUAUAUUUAUUUAUUUAUUUUCUUUUGACACUGUCACUUCAUCUGAUCACUCGUACGAAGUUAAUUGCAGUACUUUACGAAUGGGACAAUACAUUUGUCCACAUCCUGAUGAAAAUUAUAUUGAUUUAAAAACUCAACAACCAAAAGGAUGUACAAAAAACAAUCAAGCAAAAGUUGUUUGUUUAGCAGCAGAAGGAUUAAUAUGUUCAGAAACUAAAAAUAAUACUUUUAAAAAAGACAUUCCAUGCAAAUGGACGAAUGGCUACUCGUUUGAGACAACAGUACUUUUAUCAGUAUUCCUUGGAAUGUUUGGAGCUGAUAGAUUUUACCUUGGUUAUCCAGCAAUUGGUUUAUUAAAAUUAUGCACAUUAGGAUUUUUAUUUCUUGGACAAUUUUGUGAUUUAAUUCUAAUAACAACACAAAUUGUUGGACCAGCUGAUGGCUCACAUUAUGUUAUGCCAUAUUAUGGAGCUGAAAUUAAUAUUAUGACAUGUGAUAAUUUUACAUACAAAGUACCUCAACUUGAUUGGUAAAAUUUAUAAAAAAUUUAAAUUAAUAAAAGUAAAUUAUUUACAAUCUUUUUAUAAAAUUAUAUUUAUUGUAAAUUGUUGAAUUAUUAUAGUGAAAAUAAUUUUUGAUUCAAAUUAAUCAAGACAAAUUUUUAUUUGUUUAUUUUAUUUAUUUAUUACAAGCUCAUUUUAUAUUUCAAUAUUAUUAUUUUUUCAAAUCAAUGUGUUUUAUAACUUACAAUAAAUUACAGCCAGUAAAAUUAAAAUUUACUUAUAAAAACAUAAAAUUUUAAUUAAAUCAUAUUCAAUAUAUAUUAUUCUUUUUAUAAUUUUCAAAAACUGACUUCUUUUUUUUCUUGACACAGAUUUUAUUUUGGUUAAUUAAUUUCGAGUUAAAUAAUUGUGCUAUUAUUUCUAAAAGUUCAGCCUACUGUAUGAUUUGUCUAUGACAUUUUUAUUGCACAGUAGAUAUUAACUUUUAUUAAUAAUAAAUUAAUGAAAAAUAUUUUAUUUCUUAUAGAAAUAAAAUGACAAUAAUAGAACGUAAUAAUUUAUUUAAUUAAUAAUAGCAAUGAAAAAUUCGAAAUAAAAUCAAGUUAACAUACUAAAUUGAUAAUUGAUUUUUGUACUAUAUCUAUAAAUAUAACUUGAAGCUAUUGUUUAACUCCAUUUGAGCUUUACCCUGCACUUUGCUGCCAAUGCAGAGCUAAAUAUAAAAUUUUUUUUUUAGCAACCUAUAUGAGAAUCUUUUGUUGAUCUAUAUUUUCUAUAUUUUUUUUUCAUUAUAUAAUUUCGUCAGCAUACUUACAAUACUAUUCAAAUUAUGAACAUUAUAUUGUUAAUAUAUUGUAUUUUUUAUUACAAAAUAUUCACAAGCAAACUACGUUCGCGUUAAAUUAAUUUGAUAAUUUAUAAUCUAUAUUAAUAUGACUAUAAUAAUUAAUGAUUUAUUUGUUAAUAAUUUGUUAAAUAAAUGCUUGUAAUAUAUUAA